AUGAGGCUCUCACUGCUCGCACCCGUCCUACUUCUUCUGUCACGAGCAAACGUCAUUCCAGCGGAGGUAAGCAUCAGGAAGCCCAACAUUGUUCUGGUGAUGGCAGACGACUUAGGAAUCGGCGAUGUGUGUUGCUACGGCAACAACACCAUCAGGACCCCCAAUAUAGACAGGUUGGCAUCCGAAGGGGUGAAACUGACUCAGCACAUCACGGCGGCCCCACUCUGCACCCCGAGCCGAGCCGCUUUCAUGACUGGGCGCUACGCAGUCCGCUCAGGGAUGGCAGGGUCAGGCGCAGUACAGGUGAAUCUUUUCCUGGCGGGUUCUGGCGGGCUUCCACCCAAUGAAACCACCUUUGCCAAGAGGUUGCUGCAACAAGGGUACACCACUGGCCUUGUUGGUAAAUGGCACCUAGGCUUGAACUGUGAGCGUAGAGGGGAUCACUGUCACCACCCCAAUCAGCAUGGCUUCACUUUCUUCUACGGCCUUCCUUUUACCUUAUUCAACAGCUGCAUUCCGGGAUUGGAGACAGACAUCUUGUCCUGGUUGCAGAAUGCGCUCGAAAAGCUGUCCUUGUUGUUAGCGGUUGGACUUUUCACAUUGGUAUGCGUUCGUGCUGGUGGCCUGGUGGAAAUCAGUGCGCGGCUUUUGGUGGCGCUCUUCUUGUUGGGAGUCAUUGCCGUUGCAGUAUGGUACAUUCCCUUUGGAUUUCUGCCCUGGUGGAACUGUAUCAUCAUGAGGGAUCAAGAGGUGGUGGAGCAGCCCAUAACAAUGGAGACACUGCCCCAUAGGUUGCUGACGGAAGCGCAGCGGUUUAUCCAAAGGAAUGUUCAUCAUCCGUUUCUUCUGUUUUUCUCUCUGGCUCAUGUCCACACGCCACUCUUCUGCGCGCCACCGUUCGCUGGCAGAAGCCGCCACGGUUGCUAUGGUGAUGACGUGGAAGAAAUGGACUGGAUUGUCGGUGAACUUACCAAGACCGUGGAUUCAUUGGGCCUGACUAACGACACUUUGAUAUACUUCACAUCAGAUCAUGGUGGACACCUCGAAGAUUCUCUUCCGCUGAUUGGCCAAAGAGGAGGAUGGAAUGGCAUUUAUCGAGGUGGGAAAUCCAUGGGCGGCUGGGAAGGCGGCAUCAGGGUGCCAGGAAUCUUCCGCUGGCCGGGCAGACUACCAGCUGGGCGAGUGGUGGACGAACCCACCAGCCUUAUGGAUAUCUACCCUACACUGAAACAUUUGGCUGGGGAUUUCCAACUGGACAGACACUUAGAUGGUCACAACCUCAUGCCACUGUUGGAAGGGAAGGUGUACCGAUCAGAGCACGAGUUCAUGUUUCAUUACUGUGGCAGUCACCUUCACGCAGCACGCUGGCACCCUCCAGACAGUGACUCCAUCUUCAAGGUGCACUUUGUCACCCCAAACUUCUUCCCCCUGGGAGCCGUGGGAUGCUACGACACACAUAUCUGCCUUUGUCACGGCGACCAUGUGACGCGCCACGACCCGCCUCUUCUCUUUGACCUUUCCAGAGACCCCUCAGAGUCGCGUCCCCUCAGCCCCGACACAGAGCUGCGCUAUGGCGAAGUCCUCCAUCGGGUUGCUGAAGCCGUGGAGGUACAUCAGCGCUCCUUGACAGACGAGCGACCGAACCAGCUUACCAUGGAGAAGAUUUUGUGGAGGCCCUGGCUUCAGCCCUGUUGUGGAACAUUCCCAUUCUGUGCCUGCAAGGAAGACUCAAGGUAA